UCCUCUGGAGUGGGUGGAGGUGGUAGUUUUACUGAGCACAGAGCAGGGCUUGGAGUUUUAAAUGCCAGGUUCUAGAAUGAACAGAAAAACUGCUUCGAGUCCCUUGGUCUGAGCUAAGCCAUGGCAAGAGUGUCUGUGUGCGUAUACCACUUUCUUGUUUGGGGCUGGUAUAUUUUCAUCAACUGUUAUUUCUCCUUCCAAGAAGGAGAGAAGCAAUUAUCACAAAUGUUCCCGUAUGGAGGCCAGUGGAAAUACUUGACAGUGCUGAAUCUGCUCUUACAGGCUAUUUUCUUCGGGAUCGCCUGCCUGGAUGACGUGUUGAAAGAAAUAAGAAGAAAUAAAGACUUUAAGUGGGUAGCUGCCUCCAGAGAGCUUCUCUUCACAACCUUGGCUUUUCCUAUCUCCACAUUUGUGUUUGUGACAUUCUGGACAAUCUAUGUGUAUGACCGAGAGCUGGUUUAUCCUGAAUUCCUGGAUAGAAUUUUUCCAAAAUGGUUCAACCAUGCUAUGCAUACUGCUGUGUUGCCUUUUUCCCUGAUAGAGGCCAUUCUCAAUCCGUAUCGGUAUCCAUCCAAGAAAAAAGGGCUCACUUUAUUAAGCUGUGCUGCCAUUGCCUACAUCUGCUGGGUACUGAGGAUUUACUAUGUAACCAAAAAGUGGGUAUAUCCCAUGUUUACUAAGCUUGGUCCAGUGUUCUUAACAGCCUUCUUCUUUGCCUGCCAUGCCCUCCUCGUCCUAAUCUAUCUCUUUGGAGAGUACUUGAACCACCUGACUUGGGGUAAUCAAGGACAACAACAGCUCGUGAAAAGGAAGUGAUUCUGGGUCUUCCCAAUGCCCCGAAGAGGAAGAAGGCUAGAAAAAUACCAGAGAGCUAAAUCCUCUGUUCUGGAGACAAAUUUUUAUUUGUCUGUUUCUGUGGGCAAAGGCAAAUGGACCUUAAUUAAAUGAAAGGAUUAGAACAUGAUGAUUUGAUUGAACAUUAUGGUUUAUGGGACAUUCCAAAGACAUAAUUCUGGGCUGCUCAGAGUUUGUAUUCCCUCUGCUUGACCUCCAAAGGGAAUGUGGCCUUUGGUUAAAAUCUGAUUCCCCAGCCAGAGUAUAGAGCAACUCCUUUAUCAGAGAAAUAGUCUGUACUUUGUGUAAGAGCUUCUGUGAAUUGACUAAACUUAGGGAUUGCUUCUCCCUUUUUCUCCAGUCUGGAAAGAAGAUGAGCAGAAGGGUCUUGGAGCUGCAUUUUUUCUCCCAGAUGACAAUGAUUGGCUGAGGGUGACAGUGCAGUGCCAAGGGGUGCCAACAUGGGGAAAUUCAUGACCCAACAUUGGGGGUGGCAAACCUCCAAAGAUGUUGCCAGUGAUGGAGGUCUCCACUUUGGGCAGGAUCAAUUAAGGAAAUAAAUGCUAGACAUUAUCUUGGGGAAGAUAAUCUAGGUAGAAAGGUAAUCUGAUUAUAAUGAUGAACAAGAUUGCUUUGAUAUGAAACAUUAGACGGGUGGCAUAAGGAAAUGGUGACAUUAGCAAAUACAUUCAUAGAACCAGCUUUGAGUUUCCUAAUAUCUUUUUGAGUAUUCAUUGAUAGAACUGCCUUGUUGGUUAGCACACAGAUUAAAUAUACCAUGGUGGCUAAAAAGAACUCAAACACAUGUCCUAUCAUUAGGUCCACCUUUGGUGGAUGCUGGGACUAGGGGAAAUACUGGGGGCCUUGAGAUUUGUUUUUAUUCAAGUGAAAGUCAGUUGGGCCAUCUUGAAAGAGGAAAAAAGGCAAGGCAGAAGCAUAUUAAGCAGGUACUAUGUGCCAGGCACUAGGCUAAACACUGAGGACACUAGUAGAAGUAAAAAAGAAAAAUGGUCCCUGUCCUCAAAGAGCUUAUUGUAAACUGAGCAAGACAACACAUAAAAAGAUGAAAGUGGGUAUGUAUGUGGGUGCAUCUGGGAAGAAUUGGGGGGGAGAGGGACCAUGCUGGCUUAGUCCAGAAAAUUUGCCCUGAAAGGAACUUGACAAAAGGAGGAGAUGGCGAGCAUGGCAGCAGAAUGUUCCAGGAUGAGUAGCAACUCAUAGCCAAAAGGUUAUGUCAUAUAGGAUGAAUAAUGGCUCUUGUCAGCCAGCCAGGAUCAGUUCCUUCUCUAUCCCUUUUCAGCUCUUUAAAUGACAAGGAAUCUAAAGGUGCUUGAAAAAAAUUUCCAUAAUUGUAGUAGAAAGAACAUUGCAUUUGUCAUCAGAUCACUUGGCUUUGACUUUUGGCCAAACUGAAGUGUAGUUACCUGUGUGACUUUGAAUAUUUAAUCUCUCUCUGGACCUGGAGUUCUUAACCUAAGUUCUUUACCUUAAUAACUCUAUAUGUUUGUAAGCACACACAUUGGUAUACACACAAAUGUAUGGGUAUAUGAUGCAUGGGUACCCAAUACACACAGGUGAAAAGAAAUCUACGUUUAAAUAUAAAUGGUUUCUUUCACAAUCCAAUAUUUUAUUUUAAGCAUUAAAAACUUAAUUCUGAGAAGGGUUCCACAGACAUCAGACAGCCUAACAGAACACAAAAAAGAUUACAAAUCUCCAGCUCUAGGGACUGACCUCCUUCCUCAAUUGCAAAUUGAUCUCCAAAUGUCCUUUUAGCUCUUCAUGUUUCUGUAGCCCCGAGUAUCACCAUGGAUGGAGUGAUCCUGAAACUUUUAAUCAUGUCUUCAUUGUCUUGGUAAUACAGUUCAACCUAAAGGCUGCAAGACUAGGCAAGAAUUCUGUCUAUUCUGAUACCAGAAAGGACUACAGCACAUCAGAGCAUUCCUGCCUCCAGGGGAGGAACUAUCAGUUUAAAUCUUCAAUAAUGGAGUGUUGUUGAGAACGACUGAUUUUUUUUUUUUUUUUUUAACACAUCCUUAGAAAUAAAAUGAACCACAGGUGACUCCCUGAUAUUAACUGUCUGGGGCCAGGAUUCAAAUCCGGAUCUCUGAAUAUUAAAGCCAGUUCACUUUCCAUGACAUCACGAUGUCUCUCUCAUAUGAAACCAAUUUAGAAUCUGGAUCUAGACUUGGCUGUGCUCCCUUGAACCGUGAGUAUAUUAACCCCAUUUCCCCCUCCACCCACCCCCAAAGGCCAUCUUCUUUUCAGGCUAUUUUCGGCUCAUCUGUACCUAUUCGUUUGCAACACUUGUCAUAACAGGAAGCCAGUUUCACAUACUGUAAUCCCCAAAACACGUUUCAGCUGCACGUGGAGAGCCGGGGUGGGCUGAGGGAAAGAGCAGGAAGAUUAGGCCCUGGGAGACACCGCCAGCCGCUAAUGCCGGGCUCAGCCAGCUCCUGGGACCCAGCCUCCCCACCCAGGCCCAAGCCUCCAACACCAACAUCCAGACAAUCUCGUUUUUCUUCCAAAUGGAGUUGGUGCUUUAUUUUUUUUUUUUUUUAAUAAAGCAUUUGAGUAGGCAGCAGAGCCAGUCAGAACUGUUUAUUUAUAGCUGUGAAUUUUCGGUGCUGUAUAAAUUAGAAAUCAUUGCUGAAUGAGGUCCGCGCCCACUCACACACGCAGGGCUGCUAUCUGUGAGUCCUUUCACACAGUUUGACUAUACACAGUCUAAAAUGGGAGAAAAUGACAUGCUCUGAGUCAAAUGACAGAGUCACAGCUAAACUGCAAGGCAGAAAACCAGCAAUUAUUUUUCCUCGGCACAAUAUGGGGAGUGCGACAGGUGCAAUUAUCCAAUAUUAUUUAACAGUGGCGGUUUGUGGUAUAGGGAGAAAAUAAAGGUUUCCGUGUCUUGAUGGGGGGAGGGGAGAGAAAGAAAGAAAGAACCUGCUUUAUAGUUCCUAUUUCCUAGGAUUAAGCACUGUUUUGCAAAGUGAAACUGGCCAUUAUCUUGAAAAGGGAGGUCAGAAUCACCUGGAUAACCCAUCCCUUAUCCCUCAACCUCAAAGUUAGCUUCUGGAUACCCCAAGGGUGAGCAGGAGUGAAAUGCAAAUAGUUUUAAGUACUCUAACCUCAACUAGCUCAAUUUGUGGACUAAGUUAGAGGUGCCUGUAAAUUUCUCUUUAGAGUACUUCUUCCAUUACCUUUCAGAUUCUCCAUUUCUUUUUUGGAAACUCCGCUGAAACAGCUGCUAUUCCAUUCAGGCAGAUUUUGAAAGGCCACAUGGAAUCAAUUAAAGAAUAUUGGAUUCAGAAUCUGUGAACCUGAAUUUGAAUACUGAUUCUGCCGCUUAGUGCUUGUGUGCCACUGGACAAAUCAUUUCUCUGGCCUUCAGUUUCAUUAUUUUUAAAAUGAAGGAGUUAGAUCCCUUCCAGAUCUGGAUUUUCUGGCCUAGUACGAUGAUACAAACCCCCCAAGAAUAGGGGCUGUCUUAUUUUUGCAUUUGUAUUUCUAGAGUCCCAGGCAUUCAGCAGGCAUUUAAUAAAUACCUGUAGUAUGGUUAAUCCUGUCUCUUUAAAUCUCCAUCCUCAUUCUUACUUCCCAUUUUACCUCACAACUGUUCCUCCCACCAGGAAUAUCUUCUCUCUUCUAUUUAUUUUAACCUAAUGCUCUAAUCCAUUCUUUAUUUUCUAAUUCCUCCAAGAAAUCUUUCCUCAUUGAGCCUAUUCACACUGGAUUUCUUUCUUAUCUGGGCUCUGAUUAUGCUUGUAGCUCAGUUACCACUUGAAUAGAUCUCCUGCUAUACAAACAAAGGUGUCAUUUUAAUAACAGCUAAAAUGUGCUUGGGGUAAAACACUUCAGCCAGCAUUUUAUACUGCCUUAAAGUUUG